UGUUGAUAAGGACAAAUAGUGCAAGUUAAGUUUGUAUGUGUGUAUGGGGGGAAGUGCCCUAAAAAAGUUUCCUACAGCAGCCAUGGACCUUGUUCUGAUUUGGACCAAUCCGCUUGGUUGUGUCUCUUCUCAAUUUUCUUUUUUGGCAGACAUCUUUACUAGCUUACCAGGUAUGCUUCCCUUGGUGUAGCAGAAAAGUACAAGGGAGUCUUACAACCACUAAGAAAAACUUGCUGUCUUUCACAGUGCAAAUUCGUUACAUGUGCUGUGGCUCUUGCAAUGAAGCCAGUUCUGAAGUCCAUGUUGUUAAGCCUGCCUUUCUCUUAACUUGGUGCGUAUCCUGAAACAUGCGCAGCAGCACAUACACCCCGUGUUCAAAGCUAAUUUGGCUUGCAGUGGAACUUCGUAGUGCUCAACACUUUGUGGCUGGUUUAUCUACAAAGAAUUUUUAAAGUAUCAAGAAUGGCCAGCAGGAAAGGACCUCCUUUCUUCAACGAAGACAACGUGGGCCCAGUUCAUUACAAACCGCCUUUCUAUGAGACUAUGAAGCUGUUCAUUGAAACUCUCACAGGGAUGUGCUUUGAGCUGUGGGUAUCUCCCUUGGAAACGGUUGGUUCUGUGAAAGCUAAAAUCCAGAUAUGGGAAGGUAUUCCGGUGUCUCAGCAGCACUUAAUCUGGAAUAAUUUAGUGCUGGAGGAUGAGUGUUGCUUGAAGAGCUAUGGCAUUUCAGAAGGUUGCACUUUGAAGUUGAUCUUGGCUAUGCGAGGUGGACCGAUUAAUACUAGAAGAGUUCCCGUGGAAGACCCAAUUAGGGAAAUAACAGAAUACAUGGAUCACAGUCGCGAUGACAUCUGGGAGAAGGGUCCAUCCAAUAAACAGACUGCCUUCUUGAUAUUGCGGGAAGGAGAGCAGGUGAAUUUCGUCCUUGUUUUAGACAAGGGAGAUGGAACAGUAACCCCACUGUCUGAAUCAUUAAGUGGUGGUUCAAUUUAUAAGUUGUAUUCUGAUGACGAUGAAGAUGGAGAAGCUUCUCCUUCUGGCCAACAGAUUAUUGAGAACUCUAUUACGAUGAAUAAAAUGAAGCUGCUCAAGGCCAAGAUGGAAAACAUGAAUCUCAGUAAAAAGCCUAAGAAGAUUAUAAAAGUGUUUCCCCAUCCUCCAAUGACUCCUCGUCCAUCCAGUGGAUCAAUAGCAGCUGCUCAUCACCGUUUUUUCCAGGCACUCCCUCAAAUCGGACAGUCUGGCUUACUGUCUCCUGGGAAUUCAUUUGCCUCAGAAUUGCCUCAGAAAGCAUUUUCGGCUUUGGGCACAGCUGAUGGAAGGGUGCCUGCCAUCACCAGUGAAUUCUUCAAGGGAAAAGACAAAUGGGAGGUCCUUUCCCAGCCUCAGUCUGUUGGUACCACAAGGGUGAUGUCUAAAACAACAUGUAUAGAAAAAGAAGCAGCUAAAUUACCUAGGGACAACACGGUGUUAGUCCCAGCUCCACUUACCAGUUCUGAAAACAAUGUUGAAAAUGGCGCACCUGCAAAUGAAGGAGCUCCUGUCCUUUGUCCAAAUCUCAGAAACACAGACUUACAUGCUGCAGAAGAAAAGCUAACGUUUAUCCCAAACACAGAUGCUUUGGCAUCAACAGAAGCAAACAUUGCUGAACCGUGCAGUGAAUUAUACGUAGAACAGGUGAACUCAGAGCGGGUGAGGAUGUCUGUUGGGAAUGAAGACUGUAACGCUGCAGAACAUCCUCACAAGCUCAGUACAAAACUUCUGACCUCUGGAACUGCAGAUGCUUGUGUUCUUAACUCUCAUGAAUUAAAUUCUCAGAAGAACGCAGGCCUGUCACCUCUUCAGUGUUCAGUCCAAACGGCACGCUGUAGCCCUCGGAAACCUCACGCCCCCUUCAAGUGCUUUGAAAGCGGUAACUUCAGGCCUGCUGCCCCUCCAAAUGUGCUACGAUCGUUGGAAGUACGCAAUUUAGCAGACUCCUCUUAUGCAAGGAGUCCUAGACAUCAUGGCAUCAGAACAGACUCACCUGGUAAAAGACCUGAUACCCGUUCUAAAAUAGAGGCAAGAGGAAUCACAGAGGUGGCUAUCAAGGCAUCCAAAGAACCUGUUAUUUCUGUAAAUAAUGUAGGAUUGCUAACUUCGCUGGCCCGAAACACAAACAGGGAUGACUUGCAGAAUUCCUCUGGAACAAGCAGGUUUCGGACUUCUGGUAUUACACUAACUACAAACUUCCAACAUUUUCAGGAUGAAAGCUUUAGAGUGACCUCCCCUCACAAUGACAUGCCUGGGUAUUUUCUAUCUCCUGGGCUUGGAUAUGGAAAUAUUAUGGCUACAGGGAAAAGAAUAGCAGGUGAUACAACGCAUCUUCCACCUGUGAACGGUUCAGUAAAGACUAAAAAGAAAAUAGCGAAACACUGCUGCUUCUGUGGAAAGAAAACAGGAUUAGCGACUAGCUAUGAAUAUGCGGAAACAACUUCUGUGCGACUCACCGUUAUGCAGAGGCUCACUCCUGUACUUACGACUACAAGAAUGCAGGACGCCGGUACUUGCAGGAGUCAAAUCCUGUGGUCAGUGCUCCAAAACUUCCCAAAAUCUAAGCUUGGUUGCGUGGCCUGCAUCUGGCUGUGGUACGGAGAGAAAUGGCGGCUCGAACUGUUUUUCUUUGGAUGUGCUUCCAAUCUCAGAUUUGCCAAGUAACCAAAUGCUACCAGGCGACAUGUGAUUGAAGAACAAUGUAAACACGACUGUUUUAUUCUUGAGCAAAUCAAAAAAAAUUUAAAGUAGUUUUUAAAAAUGUACGUUCUGAUUUAAUGGUAUUACAUGUCUUGUGUUAAGCGUUUUGUAUUUGAAAAUGCUCUUUUGCUAGGCAAGUCUUUUAAAAGAUGCACUUUACUGGAAGUUUUAAUAUAUAUAUUUUAUAUCCAGCCACAAAGAGGGGGGGGGGGUCUGUACCAAGGAUGCCAGGUCUCCUUGUGCUCUAACUUGCUUUUUUUUGUCCACUGUGUGUUAUCUUAAUUUAUUUCAGCAAGAAGUUUCCCUUUCCAUUGAGCCUGCCUUUCAGCGUUUAGGGACUCUUGUGUCUGCUACACCAGGUUCCAUUCGGCUUGGCAGGCCAUGUACAGUGUCUCCAGUCUGGAAUUAUAUCCUGCUGUCCCUUAUGCCACAGAUUUUUUUUUUUUUACAAAUGAGUUCCCCUUGUUCUCAUUAAAUAGAAGAAGCAACUUAUUUUCCCUUUUCUAAUCCUCUUUUUUUAAGAAUUUACAAGGUGUUGGCUGCUGUUACCAGGAAAAAAAAAACUAAUAAAUGUUACAUUUUCAUGCCGUU